ACUUGAUCCAUUUCUCGAUUCUUUUCUCCUCGUCUACUCUCCUAUUUCACUUCGCUUGCUCAUACGUCGCCCUCCUCUCUCCCAUCUCUAGCUGCAAAACAACAGGACACCCAGUACGGAUCCCUGCCUCGAGCACAAACUAGAAGAGAGAAGGAGAGAGAGAGAGAGAAAGAGAGAGGCCGGACAAGAUCCAGGCAGUCCGAUGCCGAUGCCGCGACGGACACUCUAAUGUGCGACCAGCGAGCCACUGCGACGACCUGAUCCACGACUACCUUACUCGAUUACCGUUCCUUGCGAGUCUACGACUGCCCGCCUGCGACCGAAACCGAUGACGUUGCUAUUCACAGAGUCAGACAAUUGCGAUCGAAUUCGGCUUUGAUGGAUAUGCGCAUGCCAUUGCGGAAAGCCUCGUUCCCUCCGUUCCUCUAACCCUCUUCUUAAUCAUCCUGCGACAACCACCACUGUGCCCUUUGACUGGGAAUUCCCACGAACCGCCAACGCUUGACCCAAGUCAAACCCUGCAUUCUAUUACCAUCGAGCACGAUAACGAAGACAAGAACAACGCGCAGAAGCCGCAGCGGCCCCGAAAGUCUGCGGAAGCAGUGGAGGACCACGGACAUUGAUGGCUGCCUUUGAUACGCCCUGGCUAGUCCACAUGUCGACCCCAAAGGCCCACCGCGGCGCCGAUGCCGACUCCGGAAACGAUCCCUCCCAGGGCUCCGGCUUCGACGGCAACCUCUCCGGCGCGCCGCCCACCUACGCGACCUUCUCCCCCGUCACCCUCGCCGCGACCACUCCAAGCCGAUCCUCCCGCCAAUCCACCAUCAUCGUCCAUCAGAAAUCUCCCCUCCUCCUAGCCACGCCGCCACAGAUCACCCGCGCAUUAGCAUACUCACAUCCCUUUCUCCUGCCCCUCAAUAAGCUUGCCGGGCUGUUGACAUGGACGACCGACGAUCCGUGGGAGAGCUUCCUCCUGCUGGCAUCCUUCUGGGCUAUUGUCCUCUAUGGGGACAUCGUUGUGCGCAUGGCGGGGCCGAUCGUCGUUGUCCUGACAUUGAUACUGGGGAUGUAUGGUAGACGCUUCAGUCCGCUGAGCAGUAGUGGGUGGACAGAGCCAGCUUCCAAGGACCCUGGCGGCACGCAGAACACCGGAGGAGGCACAGCCGGGGCCAAGGCACAGAAGUCGACACCCAAGAGCAGCACAACUACGAGCACAACAAAGGGUCACCAACGAGGCGAGUCAGAGGCCACGAACACAAGGCACCAAAAGACACUGGACGAGAUUGUCGAGACACUGAAGGAGUUCACUGGGCGAUGCAACCUCUUGCUGGAGCCGCUUCUCGAAUUGACCGACUUUCUGAGCACGCAACGAACCCCUACGUCUGCCACAACACGACCAGCCUUGACGACGCUGUUCGUGCGCAUACUGUUCUGCACGCCUUUCUGGAUGACCUUGACGCUUCCACCAUUACGCAUCAUCACAACUCGACGAGUGGCUCUACUUUUCGGCACCCUGGUGCUUACAUGGCAUGCUAGAUUCCUGCGAGUCGCCCGGACGCUGUUAUGGCGCAGCGCCACCAUCCGGAGGACGGCAGCCCUGGUCACGGGCUUGACAUUUGAGAAGCCUGUCAAGGCCGUUCCUGUCCAGAUCACCGCGGCAGAGAAUGGCAAAGUGCAGGCCAAGCCGGCAGCAUCGGAGCUCACCAAGGCGCUGCGUAUGCAGUCCCACAGGCAUGGCAACAAUGCCACGAGCAAGGAUGCAGGUGUCAAGUUCACCUUUAUUAUAUACGAGAACCAGCGACGAUGGGUCGGCUUAGGCUGGACACAGAGCAUGUUUGCCUACGAACGGUCGGCAUGGACUGAUGAACAUAAUAACCCUGUGCCGUCACGAGACACGUUUGAGCUGCCCGAAGUGGAGGAUGGUAGCAACAUGCGCUGGCGGUGGGUUGAAAGGAGCAAGUGGAGGGUUGACGGGGUUCCCGAUGACGGAACUGAACCCAUUGACUAUGACGGGGAACCUGGGAAGAAUGGAUGGAUCUACUACGACAACAAGUGGCAAAACGGACGCCGCGGCUCGGACGGAUGGGGACGUUGGACACGGCGGCGAAAGUGGUACCGCGACGCCGAGCUGGUGGAGGUUUCGGAGGACGAAAUGGCACACGAACUGGACGCCUCACAGGCACCGAGCUCUGCCCGGCCGGGCUCGCCCACAACAGGUCCCCCGGGCCCCGCCUUGACGACGCAGAGGUACAGCACGCUCGAAGAAAAGAUGGUUUCCCCUACACACUCCACGCAAGACCUGACCCUAUCAGAUAAGGACCUGGAAAGAGAAAAGGACGACACGGCUUCCACUCUCUCGACGAGCUCGGGCGGACGAUCAUUUUUCAAAGCGCCGUCAUUACGACGGAAGGUGACAGAUAAGAGCGUCGCCAGCAAAGCCGACAAGGAGCAGGACCGCAGUCGUAGGGCGAGCGAGGCCAAGAGUGAAGAGGAAGCUGCGGCGCUGGGACUCAAGUUGAACCUCGCUUUACAGGGCAAGGAGGGUGGGCAAUGGGGAAUCGGCGAUGAGGCCAGAAUGAGUCUGGAGUAAAUAGGCGAGGACGUCCCCCGGGUUGGCUCAGAAUUACGAAUGAGUCUUAGUUACUAUUGAUUCCUGAUUGGGACGGCAAGGUACUAUACGGUGCGGUACGAUACGGUACGGUACGGCAUACUGCACGGGGGGUCGGGCAUGGACGCGGCGUUUGUCGGCUGUAGAGUAUUCAUGAUUCAACGAGGGAAGAAGAGUACUUGAUGUAUGAUUUGGGGUAAUGAGACAGAAAACACACACGUGUUGUAUGUGUGUAUGUGUUUGCAAGUCUACCAGGCAUGGCAUGCCGCAGGCUGCAGCAAGUCACUCACUCA